AAAGCUCACUGAGAGAGGGAACGUCGUGCGCUCUAUUGAAAAGACCCAAAAUGUGAUAUUCUAACAGAUCGAUCCAGUUGAUAAGGAUUGCGAAUUUAUUUUGGGAUAGUAUUCCUUAAAUAGCCUAUUCGGCUACUUUUACAAACGGCCAUACCACUGCUAGGAUACCUUGAUUUGUCUAUCUGAUUGAAAUGGUGCGAUGUUCCAAACAAUACUCCAACGCGUUGACUUUUGGUUGAUUUACCUGACAGUUGUACUAUGUCGAGCUUCAGGUGCAGGAGUGCACAGUUGCCAUGAGGUUAAAACGGCGUUUCAAUUGCGCCAGAUCGGUCCGUUGAAAUGGGUCCCCGAGGCACCUGGAACAGAUGGCGAGCUGCAGAUCUGCAAGCACGCAGGCCCGUCGUGUUGCACACGCAAGAUGGAGGAGAGUUACCAGGCAGCAGUGCGCAGAGAGACUCUCCAGAAUAUCCGUUCCUACAGCUUUGAGCUCAAGUACCUCAUCGUGGGCCACGCCUCUGCCUUCCAGGACACGUUCCAGUCUCUGCUAUCCUUCACUCUGAACCUGACCACUGGUCUGUUUGACAGUGCCUAUGAGCCCCUCUCCCAGGACGCUCGCCCCCUGGUGGCAGACCUCUUCUCCGACCUCUCUCUCUUCCUGGGAGGAGACGGCAACACCUCCAUGGAGCGCUCUGUGCACCGCUUCUACGACAACCUCUUCCCGCUGGUUUACCGGCGUCUGGUCAACCCUGGGCUGGCCUCGGCCCCACCCUCCUCUGAGCACAGCGAGUGUCUGCGCAUGACACGCCAGGAUGUCAACCCAUUUGGGUCCCACCCCCGUGUCCUGGCCGAGGGGCUGACCCGCGCUCUGAGCGCAGGACGGGCACUGAGCCAGGCGCUGGUGAUAGGGGCAGAGGUGCUGAACGCCACAGAGCGGGCGGGGCUGGCCAGGGAGUGUGGGCGGGCUCUGGUGAGGAUGCAGUACUGCCCCCACUGCAGGGGCCUGACCCUGAUCCGGCCGUGUGGAGGACUGUGUCUGAAUGUGAUGCGGGGCUGCUUGGUAGGGCUCUCGGAGCUGGACGGGCCCUGGAGGCGCUACGUGGCCCUGCUGCAGGAACUGACAGGGGCCCUGGCUGAAGGCCACAACCUGGAGCUGGCUCUGCAGGGCAUCAGGAACCACGUCAAUGACGCUAUCCUGCACGCACAGCUGCACGGGCCACGUAUCAGUGCCAUCGUUGAUAAAGUAUGUGGGCCUCUCACAGACACUCUGUCAGUGACAAGCAUACGUUCCACCCUGAAGGUCAUGACCUCUGUGAGUACCUCCCCGACCUCGAUGGUGAUGACGUCCUCCCCAGCUGAGGUCACACGGGACCAUUUGUCGCAUACCAAGAGUCCUCCCAGGUCCUUUCCUCUGAAACCAUCCAAGAAUAAUAAGCCUAGAAGUCUAAAAAAGAUCUCAAGAGAGUUUAUGGGCUAUAUCCAACGCUACAGGUCCUUCUUCUCUGCGUUGCCAGAGAUGCUUUGUGAGAGUGAGAUGGUGAUGGAUGACUUCACCUGCUGGAGCGGGGAGGAUGUGGUGGAUAGUUAUGUGGGCCGUGUUGUGGGUAACGGCCUUCAGGCCCAGAAAAACAACCCAGAGAUCAAGGUCCGCAGCAUCGACCCCAUCCUGGUGGGAGCUAGAGACAGACUAGAACAUUUCAAACGGGAAAUGCAGGGUCAGAUGGGCUGGACAACAGACUGGGGGGGGUGGGUGGAGAAGGGCAGUGGGACGAGAGAAGAGGCCAGCGGAGAGUGUGACGAUGAGGACGGAUGUCAAGGAUCUGGAGAUGAAGACUUUACCAAUGAGAGAAUGGAUGUGGCCAGCACUCAUGUUCCUUUUGGGAAGAGCCCAGCAGUCAGGGAGCCCCCAUGGCACGUCCCCACUGCCCAACCCCCACCACAGGUAGCUGUGAGAGCUGCGGGUCACACCCCAACACCCCACCCAGCUAUCACCAUCACCCUCAUCCUCCUGUCAGCCCUGGCGUUACCAUGGCACCCACUCUGAAACUCCCUCCGCUAAUUACACCGACUGAGCACACAUGAGAGGUGGGGAGCAUUCACAAGAAGGAAAAGCAGGAAGAGGAGGAUGAGAAAAAAGGACAAGAGAAGGAGCUCGCCAGCGAACCUGUUGCUUUCCCUCAGCUGCUCCCUGUUUGUUAGUGGGAGCUGGGCUGCAUGGCUGUGUUUGUGCGAUGUAGGAUGUGUCUCAUAAAAUCUCCACUGCUGCCUUCUCCACUGCUGCCUUCUCCACUGCUUUCUCCUCUCUGGUUCUCUGGACUGCCUGGUCUGUUGACCAUCAGAUGUGACCAGCUACACAUCCCACUGCUCUCUAGUAGGGACAACCAUGGUUCUGGUGGUUCUUCUGCGGUCCUUAGAUUUAGGAACAGUAAAGUUCACAAACAGUGCUGAACUGAAGAAUGUAAUCAGGUCCUAAAAAGACAAUCUCUCCUCACCUCUCUACACGCAAAGUCAACCGUCAUGUUCUCUGGGGUCUCUCCAUUUGUUACUUAGUUUGCAUUUGAUUAUGCCACCUCUUAAUAGUCACCGAGCAUACUAUACAUGUUUAUAUGGUCCCAUGUGGGACUUAUAUUGUGUAUUCAUGUGUGGGUAUUUGUUUGUGUGUGUUUAUAUUUACCUCUACAUGUUUCGUGAAAAAGUAUUUGCCCUUUUCUGAUUUUCUCCAUUUUUGCAUAUUUUUUAUACUGAAUGUUAUCAGAUCUUCAACCAAAAGCUAAUGUUAGAUAAAGGG